ACUUCAGAAUAAAGAUUCCCCCAAAAGGAGCAGCAAGAACGUAUAGUAAUGGUUCGGUUGAAAUAGAAAAGAAAGAUCUCAAUAUUUCCUCGAGGUUUAUUGCUAUUGCUCCCAAACCUUCAAAUGAUACAUAUUUUAUACAGAAGAAUUCUACUGGACAGAAUGAUAAGAAAGAAGAAGAAAACGACUCUGGGAAUUUAGUGAUUGAUGAGAUGAGUGAUGCAGCCAAAGAACUACCGGAUAAUCUGAAACAGCAACUCAAAAAAGGAUUACCCAUCAUAUUACGCCCCGUGGAGAACUCAUCAACAAGUCUUCCAAUCAUUAUUCAACCUUCAAGUGUUAUCAGUCUUAACUCAGCCAUGACAAGUAUACCCAACCAAGUACUCGGACUUUCAACUGGAGCAUCAAGUGUGACAUUGUUACAGCGACCGAUCAGCUCUUCACAACCUGCGCCUGCUACUGAUGUCACAGUAUCUCUGACUGGGUCUCCCAAAGUCGCUACAGCUCCAAAUCUAGGAGCAAGACUUAGUAUGCAGUUUGCAGCCAAUGGUGCACAUUCAGGAACAGCUAGUGUUGGUUCUGAUGAGUUCCCUAAACCCCCCUUCAGUUACAAAGAACUCUGCAUGAUCAGUAUAUUCUUCUCCCCGACGAAGGAGAUGGGUUUAUCUGGUAUUUACGACCACGUUAAGCUCUGGUUUCCCUACUACAGGCAGUCUGUUAUUGGUUUGACAUGGCAGAACUCCAUCAGACAUAAUCUCUCUUUAAACAAAGUUUUCCAAAGAGUCGAGGGUGGAAAGUGGACGUUUGAUCAGUCUGAUGAUACUUGGAAGAGACUGAUUGUAUCAAAUAAGUGGUUUGAGACUCCAGUAGAUGCCGACCUAUUCGAGCACAUGGCACAGAACUGUCCAGAAUUCCAACAGAAAGUAUACUCUAAGAAGAGUAUGUUCAAGACGGUUCCAAUCACCGUGAAGUCCGACGAGUCCGACGAAGUUGAGGAUGUUGAUGGUGUGAAGGAGGAGAGUAUAAAUAUCAAGGAGGAGAUGGAGGCCAGGGAGAUAGAUGCUGUAGUUGAUCAGGUUAUACGCCAGGAAGGAGUAGAGGAUGAGAUGGAGGAGGGAGAUGUUGAUGAUCCUCUGGAAGCUGAAGAAGAUGAUGUUGAAGAGAUGGAAGAGGAUCUAGAGGAUGAGGAUGAAGAGGAUCCUUUAGCGUAGGAGUGUUAAAAGUAAAUUCUUUAAUAAAGGAUCUAUAACAGGAAUUCUUCUAUUGAAGGAUUUAUACACAGUGAAUCCUUUAAUGAAGGAUUGAUAAACAGUGAAUCAUCUAAUGGAGGAUUUACAGUGAAUCCAUUAAUGGAGGCAUGCUAACUAUGAAUCCAUUAAUGGAGGAUCAUAAACAGGAAAUUAUUUAUGACGAAUUUUUGACAGAAAAUCAUUAAUUUGAGGAUCUUAAGCAGUGAUUGGAGGAUCGUUUAAAAAUGAAAAUAUACUGAAUCCUGUAUUGUAAGAAGAUCAUAAAGAUAAAUCCUGGAAAAAAUAUCAUUUCAAGUUAAUCCUUUAAUUGAAAAAUACUAAAUUAUGUAAAAUGUGCAAUUUCAAAUCGCCAACCGCAUUUCUGUAAAUAUAUGCAUAAUUUACAGUG